AUGUCUAUGUCAUCAACUAAACUCGUCCAAUUAUUAGAUUUCGAAGUAUUUGGUCGAGUACAAGGUGUAUUCUUCCGCAAAUAUACCAAGAAAACUUGCGAUAAACACCAUGUAACUGGUUGGAUUAUAAACACUGCACACGGAACGGUCCAAGGAACGAUAGAAGGAACUCCACAGAACAUUACAAUUGUGAAACAAUGGCUUACAACGCAAGGGAGUCCAAGCUCACGAAUAGAGAAAGCGGAAUUUUUCAAUGAACGCCAAAACAGUACAAAAACAUUUGAUAGUUUCAAGUUGCAAGAAAGACCUUUAAAAGAUAACAAAAGUUGUGCGAUCUUCUGGAUAGUUGCUGCAGAAAUAACAUCAUUUAAUUUACAGGCACAUGGAGUUAACUCUAUCUGA